GUCUGUGGGAAACCGAGCUAAAAGCCUUAGCUAGUGGCUGUUACGAUGACUAACGUGCGCUCAACGCACCACGGAAGUCCUCAACAAGGGCACGGAGAUCAGUCCCUCAAUGGAAACCCCACAUCUCACCCCAUGCCACCCCCUCCAGCCCAGCCCCAACACAUGGAGGAGAUCGGGGAAAAUAAUCCAAACUCAGUAGGAAUCCCGAGCAACCCCAUAGCCACCCAACUUAAUGCCAUGCAACAGCAGUUCGGUGUGUUUCAACUCGUGCUCGCCCAACUGUUGGCUAGAGAUAACCCGGGUGACCCCCUCAUCACAUUAUUAAAUCCCACCAACCAAGCACGAAACCACCAGCCUCAACAAAAUGUCGGCUCACCAGCUCGGACUGCUGCCCCACCCCCCAAUGAGUCUCAAGCUCAUUCCCGUGUGGCACCUCAACCUCGGCAACCAUCCCAACCGGUUGUCUCAAAUCUUCCUAACCAACCGCAUUCAGACCAAAUAGUGCCUGACAACCGAAGUCCCCACGUCCCGGCUCAACAAGGCUCUGCCCCUCUCCAUACCCCUCUUAACACCAACAUCAUUCAUGAACCUUACCCACCUGGGUUUAGAAUGCCUCAGUUCGAGACAUACGACGGUACCAAGGACCCUGAUGAUCACUUGCACGCAUUCUACUCCGUAAUGCAAGCUCAAAAUGCUUCAGAUGCCUUGAUGUGCAAAAUAUUCCCUUCUACCCUGCGUGGAAACGCGCGGACUUGGUACUACAGUUUGCUGCCGAACUCGAUCAGUUCUUACGCCGAGCUGGUGGCCUCCUUUGCCAUGAAGUUUUCCAGCCGCCAGCUGAUCAAGAAAACAACAUCCGAGCUCAUGCGGGUGGCCCAGAGAGAAGGGGAGUCCUUAAAAAACUACAUGAACAGAUUUAAUGAUGCAGUGCUGGAAAUCGGCUCAUUUAGCCAAGCUGUCGGGUUAGGUGCACUAACCCAAGGCCUCAAGCAUGACAGGUUUCGGGAUAGCCUCAUAAAGCAUGCCCCUUCCACGUUUGAUGAGGCCAAUGAAAGAUCCUGGAAGUUUAUCAAAGCCGAAGAAUAUGCUUUGUCUGCCAAGCCAGUCCCAAAUAAGGAGGUAAGACCUCCGACCUGGAGAGAUGAACCACGGAACCAGAAGAGAUUUAAGCCUACACAAUACCGAGGUCCCUUCCCACCUAAACUAGACAGACCUCCAGUACCUACCCCGCAGCCCAUGACGAAGCAAGUUGCCUGGACUCCGUUUAACCUGCCGAGGUCACAGAUCUUAAUGCAGAUCAAAAAUAAAAUGGAGCUCAGAAGGCCUCUUCCUAUGCGAAGCUCACCCGCCUCAAGAGAUCAGAGUAGAUACUGUGAUUUCCACCAGGAUCACGGGCACAUCACGGAGGAAUGCAACAGCUUGAAGUCCGAGCUUGAGGGUUUAGCUCGGAAAGGGUUGCUAAACGAGUACAUUUCUAACAGAGACCAACUCAAAUUCGUCUGGGAGCAGGGGCGACCCCAAUCAUCCCGAGAUGCAAACAACCGACUUGGAGUCGGAUAUCAACAAGCACCACCCCCGCUCCCUCCGCCCUCGCGCAUCAUUCAUAUGAUAACAGGAGGGUUGGAAGCCGGAGGGACGAGCUCAAAGCAGCAGAAGCUGUAUGUGCGAGAGGUGAAGCAUCCCAACCGGGCUCAAAAAAGGAAAUUUGACGAGGCAGAUUGGAAGAACCAACCCAUAACAUUCAGCUCCGCUGAUUUUGCUGGUGUCGUCACACCACACAAUGACCCGUUGGUCACCUCGGUCAUGGUCAAUAAUUGCGAAGUUCAGCGCGUCCUUGUAGACACAGGAAGUGCUCCGGACAUCAUGUACUACCACUGCUUCGAAAGCCUUGGCCUCGAUCCUGCCCUUCUACAGAAGUAUGACGGCCCCAUCUACGACUUCAACAAUCAGCCAGUGCCUGUGGAAGGAAUCCUCAAACUUAAUGUAGCAUUUGGCUUAGGUCGAGCCUAUGUAACCCCCUCAAUCCGAUUUUUGGUAGUAAAGAUGGCGUCAUCCUUUAACAUCGUCAUCGGAAGGCCAACCCUAACUGAAAUUAGGGCAGUUGUCUCACCAUCCCACCUUUGCCUUAAAUUUCCUACCCCCACGGGUGUGGUGACGUUGAGGGGAAAUCAAGAGAUAGCCCGGCACUGCUACGUGACUUCGGUCUCCCGACCUCGGAAGGACAAACAAGUACCAAACUUAGAGCCAACUCAGCCCGAAGUCCCACCCACGCAGCAAGUAAUGGGUGUGGAAUUGCUAGAUAACAGACCUGAUGACGAAGCCAGGGCCACUCUGGCAGAAGAGGUGGAAGAGGUGCAGCUUGACAGCAAUGAUCCCACUAAAAAGACGAAGAUCAGCACCAAGCUGAGCUCCAAAGACCAGGCAGAGCUCAUUGACUUCCUCAAAUCAAACAGAGACGUGUUUGCCUGGACCUCAGCUAAUAUGCCCGGCAUACCCACCUCGGUUGCGGUCCACAAGUUAAGCACUCACCCCUUGAAGAAGCCCGUAGCCCAGAAAAGAUGCCUGUUCGGCGGAGAGCAGUUGGAAACCAUCAAGGCAGAGGUACAGAAACUCCUACAAGCCGGGUUUGUAAGGAGAGUAGACUACUGCGAAUGGGUUGCCAAUCCCGUUCUAGUCAAGAAGUCAAACGGCCAAUGGAGAAUGUGCGUUGACUACACGAAUCUGAAUGACGCUUGCCCCAAGGACUGCCAUCCCCUGCCAAGUAUAGAUAGGCUGGUGGAAUCCGCGUCCGGAAAUGAACGACUUAGCCUUUUGGAUGCUUACUCAGGGUAUCAUCAGGUCCACAUGGCCCCCGAGGACGAGGUAAAGACCUCUUUCUACGCAGGCAACGAGAUCUAUUGCUAUGUAAUGAUGCUGUUCGGGCUCAAGAACGCCGGGGCCACAUACCAGAAGAUGGUGACGAUUGUGUUCCGAGCUCAGAUCGGCAGAAAUCUCGAAGUCUACGUUGACGACAUAGUAGUCAAAAGCCUCAAGGCAGAGGACCACCUAACUGACCUGGCAGAAACAUUCAACAACCUCAGAAUACACCGCAUGAGGUUGAACCCAGCCAAUAGGGUUCUACAAGGAGCUGAGCUGCGGUACUCCAUUGCAGAAAAAGCAGCUUUAGCAGUGGUCACCACGGCACGAAAAUUGAGACCCUAUUUUCAGGCUCACCCCAUUGUGGUGUUAACCGACCAACCCCUCAGGCAGAUCUUGCAGAAGCCGGAAUGCUCGGGCAGACUUAUCAAAUGGGCAGUGGAGUUGGGGGAAUUUCAGAUAACAUUUCAGCAGAGGUCAUCAAUUCGAGCUCAAGCCUUAGCAAACUUCAUCGUCGAAUGCACCUCGGCCUCCGAAACCGUCGCUUCUGAAGCCGAGCAAUGGACCCUCUAUGUGGAUGGGUCCUCAAGCAGCAGAGGGUCAGGGGCCGGAGCGGUGUUGAUGGGGCCAGGAAGCUUCCGAAGUGAGCAUGCCUUGAAAUUUAAUUUCGAAGCAACAAACAAUAUGGUCGAAUAUGAGGCACUCCUUCUCGGACUUCGCUUAGCAGCUGAGUUAAAGGUCAGAUCUCUACAAGUUUACAGUGACUCACAACUCAUCGUCAACCAAGUCAACUCUACAUGCGAGGUCACAGACCCCACCAUAGCAAAAUACUUAGCUGUGGUUCUGAAGCUCCAAAGCCAAUUUGAAAGGUUUCAACUCACCAAAAUCUCGAGGUCCGAAAAUGGCCAUGCUGAUUCGCUAUCAAAGUUAGCUUCCGACUGCUCAAGUGGACUGAGGUCAGUUUUUGUCGAGGAUGGGACUGUCCCAACUGACAAGCAAGAGGAGAUGAAGUUGCGAAGGAAGGCAUCUCGGUACAUGUUGAUGGAUGGUACCCUGUAUAAGAGGUCAUACUCGCUUCCCCUUCUUCGAUGUUUAACUCCUUAUGAGGCCGAGUACGCACUUCGUGAAGUGCAUGAGGGUGUAUGUGGCAGUCAUGUCGGAGCUCGAGCCUUGGCUCACAAGUGCCGAUUCUUUGCACAUCUCACCCACCAACCAGCAGAGGAACUGACCACCUUGGUGGCACCAUGGCCCUUUGCGCAGUGGGGGAUUGACCUCCUCGGUCCUUUUGUGAAGGGAACAGGAGGCGUAACACACUUAGUCGUGGCCGUCGAUUACUUCACCAAGUGGGUGGAAGCCCGACCUCUUUCUAGCCUGACCUCCAGAAAGAUUGAGGAUUUUGUUUUCAGUUCGGUCAUAUGUAGAUAUGGAAUCCCCAACCAAGUCGUCGCCGACAAUGGACCUCAGUUCAACUGCACCUCAUUCAAAGACUUCUGUUCCAGCUACGGGAUUAAAUUGGUGUUCACCUCUGUCUAUCAUCCUGAGUCUGUUAAUAAGGCCAUCCUAGAAGGAAUUAAGCCCCGGCUAGAUCAAGUCAAAACCAAGUGGGCGGAUGAGCUCAACAAUGUCCUAUGGGCCUACCGAACUACAAGUCGAACAGCCACAGGCGAAACACCCUACCACUUGGCUUUUGGGACCGAGGCUGUCAUCCCUGUCGAAAUAGGCGUCCCAAGCCUACGAGUGACCCACUUCGACCCAGCUCGAAAUGAGCAGUCGCUAAGAGAGAACCUCGAUCUUUUGGACGAAGUCCGCGAGGAAGCUCGACUUCGGACAUUAGCAUACAAGCAGAAGCUGGCCAACUCAUACAACAGGCGAGUCCGACCUCGAACCUUUAGAGUUGGUGACCUCGUCCUUAGAAAGGCAGGACUCACCGGCUUCGAAACCCGCUUCGGCAAGCUUGCGCCCAAUUGGGAAGGCCCCUACGUAGUAGCCGAAAUCCCACACCCCGGCGCUUAUGUACUGGUAGACGCCGAGGGCAAAAGAAUACCUAGGGUUUGGAAUGUAAAUAAUUUAAAGAAGUUUUAUCCAUAAUAAAGCUUCAUUUCAUCCAAAUUCUUGACAUCUGAGCUCGAGCUCUCAUGUCGACUUCUACCUCGUCUUUAAAGUUAACAUUUCUGAUCUCUUCCCAUCCGAGGUCAAAUAGUCUAUUUCUUUUCUACUAUAUUAUUUUUCAACUUCGUUACAAUUUUUCAGUAAACAAUAUCGCAAUAA